AUGCUUGGAACAAUACUCUGGUAUCUCUUUUUGGUGGCUCUUGUUGUAGUCCUCGUCGUCCCGAAAUAUCGCGCAACAUUACCCUAUUUCCUUGCCUUUACUGUCUAUGGAAUUGUCAUGUUUUUCGGUUCGUUGUUCUAUCUGGUCUGUUUUGUGUUCAAGGGACCCUCCUAUUCCAAUAGCUGCGAAUUUGUUAAUGUCUUCCGGUGUGCUCGAUGGUGUAUGGGCCUUCAACCACGCAUAUACGGCCUGGAUACCUACGAUUUUAAAAAACAGUGCCUCUUCAUAAUAAAUCACCAGAGCUUCAUUGACGUCCUGAGUAACAAUCACGCAAAGGCCCUCGAAACUAUGCGGGAAGCUGCGGAACUGGUUAAGCGUGACAAGAUCAAUCUUUUCAUGUUUCCCGAGGGAACCCGUUGCGAUACGGGGCGUUUGAUGCCGUUCAAGAAGGGGGCCUUCCAUCUGGCAAUUCAGACUCAAGUUCCGCUCCAACCCAUAGUUAUCUCCUGCUACAAUAAGUUUAUGAAUCACAAGGAGAAGUUCUACAGUCCGGUCUUUCGUGUUCUGGUUGCAACAUGGUUAAUACGACUUGAGACCGGUGUUUGCGUAGUAGCUGAAGUCACAUCCACAUUUAGCACUCGUAUGCUGAUUCCUAAAUGCCCGAACUAA